AUGAGAGCUAAUAAAUCGAACAAGUUUUAUCAAGCAAUAAGAAUAGCUAAGAAGGCGUACCAACCUUUCUCUCAACUGCUGGAAGAUGAAAAUGGCAGUGUUGUAUCACACCCGGAAAAACAAAAAGGGAUAUGGUGCCGUUACUUUCAACAACUUCUUAACUGCCCAUCAGUAGGCAACCAAACUGACAUAAACCUAAGAACCAACCAAGAUAAUGACUUGUUUCAUGUCACCAAUGUUUGUAGGCAUAAGGCAAUGAAUAGACUUAAGAACCACAAGUCUCCUGGAAUAGAUAACAUACCAGGCGAACUUUGGAAAUAUGGAGGAGGAGCACUGCAAUCCCACCUGUACAAAAUUGUUUGUAGGAUCAGAGGAAGAAAAACCUAUGGAAUGUUAUGUGGGUAUCAACUGCCAAAUACACAAGAAGGGAUGAAGAAACUACUUGGGCUUGGGUUGGGCACAUGGCAUGAAUGGGAUAGGAUCGAGCCGUCAAAAAAGCAUAUCUCGGAAAAACUAUCGGGCGGCGACCGGUAG